CCUCUCAUGGCGGCUGUCUUUCCCGGGACCGCGUUGGCCGCGAUUCGCACGCUGGAGAGCCCUCGGCUACGAUGAGAGUUGCCGUCCACUUUCAUUACACCACACGUCUGGUGGCGAUGCGAAACAGUACAUAGUAAGUCUCACCCCCUGCCAGAUACAAUUACGAGCUCGGUCUUGUUCUAGUCAAUUCUCUCGAAUUUACUCGUUUCGACGCCUUUGUGGUCGACUCUCUCGAAUUCAAUCGAUCGACGCCCGUCGUUCCAACAACGCCAACAUGGUCUUCGAAUACCACGAAGAUGAGAAUGAUCAGACAGAUCCCAACGGACCGGGAGGGAAGUACGGAUAUCGAAUUGGCCACAGGAACGAUGCAACAGGCUAUGCAAUUCCGGACCGAGUCUUGAAUAGCGAAGACCGUCCUGUUCGCGUCCUCACCAUUGGAGCCGGAUUGAGUGGCAUUCUUAUGGCGCACCUCAUUCAAAGAGACUGCAAGAAUGUCGAACACGUUGUGGUGGAGAAGAAUGGCGACAUUGGGGGCACCUGGCUUGAGAAUCGUUACCCAGGCUGCGCCUGUGAUGUGCCCAGUCACGCGUACACUUAUUCGUUCGCACUCAACGCGGACUGGCCGCAAUAUCUAUCGGGGAGCGACGACAUUUACCGCUACCUUCUCCGAGUUGUGGACUGCUUCGACCUGCGCAAAUUUAUGCGCUUCAAUUCCGUCGUCCAAAGAUGUGAAUGGAACGAGGAAGAAGGCCAAUGGCACGUCGAUAUCCGGAAUGCCUUGACGGGAGAAACCACCACCGAAACCUGCCAUAUUCUGCUCGGCGCCAACGGACUCUUGAAUGAUUGGAAGUUUCCGGAGGAAGUCGAAGGCUUGCACUCGUUCAAGGGCAAACUCCUGCAUACCGCCCGUUGGCCGGAUGAAUAUGGACCAGAGCAAUGGGCCAACGAUCGUAUCGCCGUGCUCGGCUCCGGUGCAUCGGCGAUUCAGGUUGUUCCGUCACUCCAGCGCCACGCCAAGCAUAUGGAUGUAUACGUUCGAACGGCAGUCUGGUUCGUGGACCUCGCGGGCCACUCGGGCGUCAAUCGCGACUACCCACUCGAACAGCGCAAAACUCUGAGAGAUGAUACCGAUGCGCUCGUAGACCUGGCCAAAUCGAUCGAGGGUGGGCUAAACGGGAUCCAUGGUAUCAGGGCAAUGAUGACAGGGUCGGCGGAGGCCUUGAUGGCGCGGAAAAGGUUCGGCGAGCGGAUGAGAGAACAUAUCACCAAUGAUGAUAUCUUUGACAUUCUGAUCCCUGACUUCCCCUUCGGCUGUCGGAGGUUAACGCCUGGGGAUCCAUUCAUGAAGGCAGUGCAGCAGCCAAACGUGAAACUGCAUAAAGGGGCGGUCACGAAAGUUACCCCGACCUCUGUGAUUGGCAGUGACGGCUCAGAGGUCGAAGUCGACACGAUUGUAUGUGCCACCGGCUUCGACGUAUCCUACGUUCCUCACUAUCCCAUGAAAGGUCGAAAUGGGGUGUUGCUACAAGACAAGUGGGCGAAGAUCCCUGAAGGAUACCUGGGUCUGGCCGUUCCCGAUAUGCCGAACUUCUAUCAGUUCCAAGGCCCAACAUUUCCCGUCUCCAACGGUUCCGUUCUCGGCCCCUUACAGGCUGUCGGUGACUACAUUAUCACGAUAAUCAAGAAAAUGCAGCGGGAGCACAUCCACUCCUUCGACCCGAAGCAGGACGUCGCCGAUCAGUUCAACGAGCACACCCAAACUUGGCUCCAUGGGACAACGUGGAAAGAUCCAAACUGUCGCGCAUGGUACAAGGACAACGUCACCGGAAGAGUCAACUCGGUCUGGCCGGGCAGUUCCCUGCAUUACGCCGAGAUGAUUCGAACCCCGAGGUAUGAGGACUACAACAUCAAGUACUCAAGCCCUCACAACAUGUUCUCCUUCAUGGGAUUGGGAUUCACCAAAGCUCAAGCGGAAGGCGGCGAUCUCUCCCCUUACAUCACCAAGGAGGGGAUCGAGAAGAAAUUCUACAGUUUCAAGCCGAGUGCAGACGAAGACGAGCGGGUAAGAGAUAGGAAGAACAAGGUGAACGAUGGUCCGAAGGCUCUCACCAUCAAAGCCAACGGCCCAUCGAAGCUCAAUGGCACGCAAAGCAACGGCGUUCAUUAAGUAUAAAACAAAGUUCGAGAAAUAUCGGUUCGAAACCGUCUGGCAUCAUGGAGAUGCGAUCGCAUAUUCUCGGCGCUUGGGUCAGUGGUCGGAUGCGUGUCGCUUGCACUGUACAGUCUUGGUUGUGGAGAUCACUUUAGGGAGAAGCCAUGUUGCAAUCAAUCUACUU